AUGAACCCCGCUGGACGACCUCAACCGUUCUGCACGCGCACAACCAACAAGGCUCACGCUCACCGAGUGCAUCAAGGUCUCCACCACCACCAUCUUCAAGUCCGCACUCGUCCUCAGGAGGAACAAAGGGUCGAGGCACAACUGGAACAAGCGGCAAUGGUGGAGGAGGAGGAGGAGGAGGGCGGUCCGGGUCAGGAAUGGCUGUUUCUUGGACAGCUGAUCACGGCUUUGGAGCGGUAUUUGGUUCCCAGCUGGCAGGGAACUUUGGGAGUAGCAGGAUCUGGAGGGAGACCAAGAGUGACCACAGCUGCUACCACCAAGAGUAAGGCGGGAUCUGCAUCAAGUACGACGUUAUCAGCGGAGCUAGUUCAAUUGAACACGGGCAUUGUGUACGAGAUCCUCGAGGAGUGCAUGGGUCUGGGAUACCCAUUGAUGCCAAGCUUGGCACAGCUGGAUCUGUUGGUCUUUGGUGUACCUAAGGCAGCAUCAUAG